UGAGGAAUGACCUCUUAAUGAUCUUAGGAGGCGCUUGCGCUCCAAGCAGGUGACUACAGGGAUGAUUUCAAGAUGAUCAAGAAGCAUCCUGUCGUAGUCCGGAGUGCAGUGUUCUGAGAAGUAUGUUGCCAACAACGUUUCUUCGUCCUUUCCCCAUGUGUUGCCGGUUAGCGACUUGAGGAUUUUGUUGCGGCUCUGUACAUUGGCGAUAAUCGCAGUCGUAUGAGGAGUGAAGCAGCACAGACUGCCAGUUACAUCUAAAAUUGUAGGAUUAUUGACAGUUGGAAUCAUCAACUGCAAUACUAUGGUCAUGUCCAUAUUCCUUUUUCCAAUUUGUAAAUAUGGCCGCUGUGGAUUUAGUUUCGGAGAUAUAGCCGUUUACCUCUGAAAACAUUAAUCGAUUUGGUCAAGACCUCAUCGACGUCACCAGACAACGUUUCUAUAACAUUGAGACUAUGUACUUGACUCGCUCGCUAAAUAACUUUUUGUUUACUUAAAACAGAUUUACUCUUCCUUACUGUUGCAUUGAGCAAUCAAAUCUUCGAAGUCAUUCAAUUCAUCAAAUCAAAUAAAAAUAAUCAAAAACAAAAAAAAAACACUUCUACAACCAUAAAGAAGAUUUAUUGAUUUUGUUUUACAUAAGAAGUUCUUUUAAAAAAUAGCAUAGAAGACAAUGCGCAGCAUUUGGUUCGCCUUUAAAUUAUUUGAAGGCUGUUUGGGCUGCCUCUGCAUGGGCAUACAAAUCGAGGGAUUUCUAAAUGUGGCUGUGUCACAGGAUCUUUAUUUGUACAUCACCGUGUUCUCAGUCUUCACAUGCACGAGCUUCUUUGGUUGUCUGAAUAUUUGCAUGGAAAACGAUCCGGUAUUGCUGCGCGAAAUAAUUUGGAGCAGUUUUGCUAGCCUUGGUUACAUAGUUACCGGCAUCACCACAAUGUAUCAUGCCGAAAAGGAUUUAUAUUUAAUGUAUCUAUCGGAUUUGGAAAUUAUUGAAGAUGAAAUGGGGCAUCAAUUUUUCGGCUACUCAAAGACACAGACCAUAUUAGCCAUAGUCACUUCAGUUGUGUACUUAUUGCAUGCCGUACUUGCGGGCGAUAUGCUCAUCUCAGAGACUGCAGUCGCUAAAGCAGCGGAGGGUGAGGAGAAAAAGAAAUUGCUUCUAUAUCUUGGCGGUAUGAAAAUUCACAAUCGUUUGCUCAAGCUAAAAUGGUUUCGUCGCUUUGAUGGCAGAAUGCGUCCGACGGACUAGAAUGAAGUCGUUUGUUUACAAAUCAAUACAAAGGCAGUAGCAACACCAAUUAGAAAUAAUUUUGUAAAACCCCACGUUAGGGUGCUAACUAUAUGCGACGUACAAAUAACGGGAUGUCUGAAUUUUUCUUUCGAAUUAACUGGUAAACCCACUGAUUAUGCAUGUAUUUUAUUCUAACAGCAUUAGGAAAAAUACAAUAUUUAACAUUAAUUGACCAUGUCUAUAUGUAAAUGUUUA